AUGACUUGCCGCUCCACAACCUCGGCGCCAGCGUACGACGUUCCUCGGCGGCCGCACCGCAGUUCCUUACCAACGACACACAGACGACUCACAACACCAUGGGCUGUGGUUCUCCUUGUGCUCGCAUGUUUAGUGUCACACGCAGUAGCAGCCGCUCCGGACCAUGCCAGGCUACGAAUUGAAACCCCGAUUCUCCACCGUGGAUCAGCGCAGGGAAACGACCGGGUAUGGGCAAAGGGGGUAGAGGAUGCCGUCGCAGCAAACAGGAGGACGGUGCCACGGCAGGUCGCGGUGCAGGAGGAAGAAUCGACCACCACCACGGACUCAUCGUCGGAAGAGCCGUCUGAGACAGCACCAAGCCGCUCGGUAACGACAACCUUCACCAUCGGCGUCGGCACGGCCUCUCCCUCCAAGACUACGUCUGUUGCUUCGUCCACGAUCGUGUCCGCCAGCCCGCUCCCCAGGAUCCUCGAUAGCAUAGCGGCCAACUUCCAGAAAGGCCCCAACGGCGAGGCCCCGACUUGCCCCAUCUUCAUCAACUCGUUCCUUGCCGAUCCGAACUUUAAGCAAUGCUACCCGCUAUCCAUGCUCUUUGAGCAAUCCACCUCCUUCUUCGACGCCCAACACUCCCUCGUCGGCAUAACCCGCACCCUCGACGCAACCUGCGCCGCCGACGUCACCUUCUGCACCUCCUACCUCCGUCAGCUCGCCUCCAACCUCACCCUCCCCGAAAACUGCGGCGCCGACUACGCCCUCGGCAACCCCGUCGUCACCGACACGCAUCUCGCCAUGCUCGCCUAUGCCCCCGUCUACGGCGCGGGGUGUCUCCGUGACCCGGCAACGGGCGCCUACUGCUACGCCAACGCCAUCACUAACCAGACCAACGUGAGCGCGCCGUAUUUUUAUUUUUUGCCACUCAACAAGACGCUUCCGGGUACCACCGUGCCGCAGUGUGGGGCGUGUUUGCAGAGGACGAUGGCGCUGUAUAAGGCCGCGACCGCGGACCGGUCGCAGCCGAUUGCGGCCACGUAUCAGACAGCGGCCGAGCAGGUCAAUGUGAUUUGUGGCCCGGGGUUUGUGAAUGAGUCGCUGGCUGCGGAAGUUGUGCCGUCGUCUGGGGCCGCCGGGGCGGUUGGGGGGGUGGCAGUCGUCGCGAGGAUGUGGGGGACGGUGUUGCUUGCAUUGGGGGUUGCUGAGGUGGUCUGGUUAGGGUGA